AUGGGCAAGUCGAUUUUUAUUCUGCUAGCGAUUUUUUCAACGGCUUUGGGGAAUUUUAAAAUACACAAUGAUAAGGUUAGCUUUUUCUGUGGGGAACGAGUGAGGUUAGCUUGUUUUUUGGUGAGCUAAAACCUUGGGGAUGUUAUACCCAAAAAUAAUUUCAUUCAAAAGAUCUGGAACUAUCAAAAUUAUCUACAUAUAUAUUGUUUUCGAAAAAAAUCAUAAAGUUCAUGUUUUCGGAAAAUUAGACAAAUUUUAGGCUUUCCGAAAAAUAGCAUCACCCGAAAAUUUUACAAUGAUGACUUAACUUUCAAUAUGAACUUUGAAUCUUGACUUUUUAUCGUUUUUACCAUCCCUUUUUUAGACUUUCAAACUCCGACCAGAUCGCGUUGCCUUGAACACAGACACGGAAUUAUCGUCGGGUAACUUUUGCUCAAAACCUUUUCUUUUUCGAACAUCAAUUUUUUCAGAAGAUAUUCCUGAUAGUCCAGAACACUCUGCAACUUAUCUGCUGGCAGAUAAUCCACAACCCACUGAUGAAAAAGAAUGUUUUGCCCUUCCAAAUCGAACACGAGUUCGUCCAUCAUUUUUCCAAUGCCGCGAAGACACCAAAAUUGAACUUCAUGGGGGAGCAAUUACCAAUAUAAAUGGUGAUGAUACAUAUCCAGUUUCGUUUGCUUCACCAAUUCGAAUCUUUUUGGAUGUUACUAGCAAAUCAAACAAACGGUGAGAAAGAAUAUGGGUUCGCAAAAAACAAUUCUGUUUAGGUUUGAUAAUUUGAGCGUAGAGGUUUCAUUAUUCAAAAGAUCGACUGGAUGGUUUGGAUGUGGAUGGAUGUUUUUGCCAAGUUUUGGAAUGCUGUAAGAAAUUUUUGAAAAUUAAUAAAAAUCCAAUAAUUUAUUUUCAGUAGCAAUUAUGAUAUGUGUGAUGACAAUCCGUCUUGCCCAAUUACUCGUGGACGUCAAGUAAUUGAAUUCGAAUUAGACCCAACCAAACUCUUCACCAAUAUUUUCCGAAUGAUACAUUAUGAUAUGGUCAGUUUUUUCUCUUUAUCACUUUUCGAAAUAAUCAAAAACUUCCAAUUUUAUAUUAAGUCGGCUUAUCAAUUGGAAAUUCGUCUUCGGGACAAUCGAGAUCCAUAUCGAGAGUUGUUGUGCGCAACAAUUCAAACGAGAAUUGUUUUAUAA